GUUUCUAUUCGCUUCUUUUUGUUUGAGCCUCGAUUUCUCAACAUGACGUGAACUCAUCGCCGCGUGGUGCCAUGGAGAGCUCGAUGCUGCGUGCUUGGCAUGGUGACUUCCAGCAGCUGCAGCCAUCCUCUGUGCUGGGAGUGCGCUGUGCGAUGAUGGCAGUGCUCCGGGAGUGCGCCUUGCAGUCCUUUGCCGAGCUGCUGACGUGGCACCAGGCUCAACAAGCGCGCCAGGCGCUGAAAGGCUGGCGCCAUGGCGUGCGCCGAUCUCAUUGGCACCAUGAGCAUGCUCAAUCGGCCGCGGAAGCCUCGCGCACCUCCGACCGGCUGGCAGAGAAGCAUGAGAUGGAGGUGGCUAAGGUCCGUGCAGAGUGGAAGAAGAAGCGGCAGGUGGGGAGAGAAAGGCUCGCACCUCAGCGAAGAUGAGCUUCAGGAGCUUCGUGAGUUGGACAAGAGCUAUCGAAAGCAGAUGACGGAGAUGCACGACUCGCACGACGAGCUUCAGGGUGCACAUCGCUCGGCACAUGAAGAGGCACGGAAGAAAUCGACGAGGAACAUCAAGGUCAUGGCCUUGGGAGCCUUGGACGCCCUGGCUCAAACAAUCCAACAUCGGCGGAAGAGAGGUGCUGAUGGGCCUGCGGUGGACAGUCCGAGCGUGUGCUUCCUGCAGUGGGCCUUCACUCAGAACCCAGAGGCGUGGUGUCCGCCACCGGCCGCUGAUUUGAAGCACGCGAUGGUGCUGGCAGAGCAGCGCGCCCAGCUAGCGCUGGCGGUGCGCCAGCUCUUGAGCGCCAUGCGGCAGCUACCUGGUGCCGCUGCCCAGCUGCAUGCUGCAGUGGAGCUUCAGCGAGACGACGGCCACCGCGAUGGAGGAGAUGAGACCAAUCCCAAGCAGUUUGCCCUUGGAGCUCGCUUAAUGCGCCGGGCGCUGAUGCGAAUUCUCUGGAAGCAAGGGGCCUCCUUCUUCCAGCGACUGAUGGUCUUCAGGUCUGAGCUACGUGCCGUGCGCGCCGCGCAGGCCGACGGCAGCCCUUCCAAGCGGUCGGUGGGCGCGCUCGGCGUGGGGCCCAGUCAGGACAGGUCCCAGGCCAACAAGAUUGCGGCGCCCAAGCACAAGGCUCGCACCCAGCCAGCAAUGCUGGAAGAACAUGCAGCCCUCAAGAUCCAGUCUGCUGAGCGCGGGCGACGUGCCCGGAGGAGGGUGAAGCAGGUCGAGCAUUCUUUGUCUCCACCCGUGGCCACGGAGCGAGGCUCCAUCAAGGAUGUACCUCCACCAUCCCAUUUGCCGGACUUGCCUCCAGUGCCUCAAGAAGUACAAGAAGCCGCGGCCACUAAGAUCCAGUCCACUGUGCGCGGGCGCAAGGGCCGGCAGAUGGCACAGCAGCAGCGGCGGAAGGUCUUCUCGCGACGUUCAGCCUUGAAGCUGCAAGCCAAGGGGCCACAGGCCCCAGAGGUGAGGCCAUCUGUGACACAGGCCGCUGCAGUGCCUGUGGCGCAGAGGCCACGGCGCUCGGCAGAAGCCAAGCGCCUCCUGGACGCAUGGAGGUGGUGGCCGAAUCGGCAGGCCUCAUUGGGUCAUCUACCUCCUCCUCCUGAAGUGCAACAGUCUGCAGCCGUGACGAUCCAGCGCGCCACCCGCAACCAUCAAGGGCGGCGGGCUUUACAGGCUCAAGGCAAAGCCGCCCGGCAAAGCGAAGACUUCGACGAAGGAGAAGAGGCAGGUGAACGGCGCGACUCUGUGUUCAGCAAAGAAUGAGGCCGUAGCUUGACGACACGGCCUGGCCCUCGCGGCAAAGCCGCAGCGGUGUGCAACAGCGGAACAGAAGCACCUGAAUCGCAACACCACCCAUAGGGGGUCUCGAGCCCAAUGGAUACCAUCCUGAUCCCAUGAAUUGUGAUCGAACGGAUUCGAGAUUUCGAGCGAAGCAAUUGAAAGGCAAAGGUUUUUUUCAUGGUAGCUCCUUGUUUCGACUAGUUCCAGCUGUAGUAUAGGCACGUGCACUGGAACAUUUGGCAUAGGCAUGUAGGCCACCUGCCUUUGCAAUACUUGUUUGGGUUGAGUUGUGGACGUAGCCCCAAUCGCAUGCGAUGUCCAACCUCAGAGAAUAAAGCGGCUUUGCUAAACGGUUGCUUGUGGUUGUUUUGAGUUGGUGGAUAAAAGAUGAUAAAAGGACCCUUUGCCACUGAAUUCAAAAAAAUUAAAUAAACGGUUGUCAGGUUUAGUUCAGCUGACACUCAAGUUUCGCAGAAGAAGAGGAACGGUAUUUUUCUAUGUGCCUUUGACCAUUGCCAUGCUUGUUCCGUAAAGACCGCAAAGGGCAAUUGUAUGAAUUCCAUCGAGUUCUUGGGAUGCAUUUUGUAUACGACUCAUGUUGGAUACGACGCAUGGUUUCUUUUCGUGCUGUCAAGGAUUGUGAGCUACCGAGGUCAGCAAUUGCAGGGAGAGGUGGAGGAGCUCCACGAGUGCUGUUCCGAGCCCAAGGGGGCUGGCGGGAUGGGAUUUUGCACCAGGUCCCCCAACACUGGGCAUGAACGUUUGCAACUUGUGCCCUGUUGUGUUCCAAUUAUGGGCAACUCGA